UUCUGGAAUACUUGAACUACAGUGACUUUUGUUUAAGCCGUGACUUUCAUUUUUAUAAGAAAAGUUCAAUUUCCAAAGAAUUUUAAUCGUAUGCAAAUUUCGAUUUUGUAAUUUGCAAGCCAAGAAAUUCUAUUACCAAAGAUUCGAUUAAAAAAUUGAUCACUAAAAUGGCUGUGGAAAUCGAUACAAAAAUAGUGGACCAAGUAUUGAAUGAAUCAGAACCAACAGAAUCGGAUGAUUCCAUUCCAAAUUGGAUCAAUAUUGAUUUUUUGGAAAAACAUUUGCAAAACUUUUUCGGCGAUAAACCAAUUGCGAUUGUCAAUUUUGAUGUAAAACCAGCCACGGCCAAGGGCGAAAAUUAUGCAAGCUAUCUUUAUCGAGUCACUGUCAACUAUUCUGAUGAAUUAUCAACAUGUUCUGCAUCACGGAGAAAUUCAGAUUUCAAACUAUCCACUCUGAAUAUCAUCAUAAAAACAGCUGUACCGGGUGAUUUUGCAUUUGAAGCAAUGUCCGCCAAUGACAUUUAUACCAAAGAAAUUGAAUUCUAUAAAAAAAUUGCGCCAAAAAUCAAUGAAGCCUUAGAAAAACUGAAUGAAUCCAAUCAACUAAUAGCUACGCCAUACGGCGUUUGCAUUGAAAAUAAUGCAAUUUUAUUUGAGGAUUUAUCGUCAAAAGGUUAUCGCAUCGCAUCCGUUCAUCGUGGACUCAAUUUUGAUGAGGGAAAAAUUGUAUUGAAAAAAGCUGCCAUGAUCCAUGCAAUUCAUGCUAUUUUACAACAAGAUGAUCCACACAUUUUUGAACACUUUAAAUAUGGUUUAAUGAGCCGCCACACGAAUGUGUUGGACACCUUUUACGUGACUCAAUUGAAUGUGAUGAUGGAAGUUGUAGCUACGUGGCCAAAUAGUGCUUAUUAUAUAGAGAAAUUAGAGCGUCUCCGCUGUAAUUUAAUGGAAAAAGGUGCAAAAGCCUUCGAUGCAGAACCAAAUCAAUUCAACACAUUGAUCCAUGGUGAUAUGUGGGUCAACAAUCUCAUGAUGAAAUAUGCAAAUGAAACUACAUCUAUUGAAAAUAUGAUCUUUAUCGAUUUUCAAUACUCAUGUUGGACAUCGCCAACAAUUGACUUACACUAUUUCUUCAAUAAUUCGCUGGAAGAAUCACUUCGACCCAGUCGUUUUAAGGAGUUGAUUGUAUUUUAUCACGGGCAUUUGACGGACUUUCUCCAACGAUUGAAAUACAAAGAACAAGUACCGACCUUGCAAGAGUUCCACGCACAAUAUUUGGACAAAAGUUUUUAUGGUUUCAUUGCAUCGUGUUUAAUUCAACCGUUAAUGAUCAACGAAGAAACAGCUGAAGCUGAUAUCGAGGCCUUGAUAGUGGGCGACGAACGAUCCCUGAAAUAUAAGCGCCUCAUUUAUUCGUCGGAAAAAGUUCGAGCCAAUUUACGCAAAUUAAUUCCCAUUUAUGAUAGCAUGGGCAUUUUUGAUUGAGAUUUCUUUUUAUUAUUUUGCCAUUUAUUUGGAUUUUGGAAUUUAAAUAAAGGAAAAUAUUAUUGAGAA